GCACUAGGCGGCCUAGCGUUGCAGAGAAGGGACGAAUGUUCGACCGAUUCUGCAUACGAAAACAGGCUAGUGUGACCUCAGCCCUUUUCCAACAGUGCCCACGGUGAGUCGCGCAUCCCGAGAAGCGCGACAAUGCUAGCUCCCGCACCCUAAUCGUACCGAAGCUCUUGGUUACAGCUUGACCAUAACGUUAACUUCACCCUUAUGAAUCACUGCGUUCCUUUUGUGGAUAUACUUAUAGUCGCCCCUUCCCUCCUGCUACAACUCUUCCCUAACACUUACUCGGCCACUAAUCAACAUCGAUCACCUUGCACCCUGCAUGACAUCACCAAACAUCACCUCACAACCGUUACCCCAGAUGAGCGAAACGCACAACCAAACACUGCGACCUGCCAGUAUGGCAGAUUCUGAAAAGACGGCUGCCCGUAGUGUGGGCGACCUCGAGAAGAAAGAGACUGGUGUUGGCGUGAGCGGCCUGCCCUCAGCUACUGGCUCAAUACACGAGAAUGCUGCAGGUGGGAAUGCUGCAGGAGAUAAGGAGCCGGAGAUCAACGAGAAGCGCAAUUCAAAGGGCAGCAACUACGACGAGGAAGACGAUUUCGAAUAUCCUACCAAGUGGAAGCUCGCUAUCAUCACAUUGGCACUGUGCCUGUCCGUCUUCUGCAUGGCAUUGGACAACACAAUCAUCGCGACAGCUAUUCCUCGCAUCACAGAUCAGUUCAAGGCGUUGAACGAUGUCGGUUGGUACGGAUCAGCUUACCUGCUCACUACCUGCGCCACACAACUCCUCUACGGCAAAUUUUACUCCUACUACUCGAUUAAGUGGGUCUACAUCAUCGCUCUCUUCAUCUUCGAAGUCGGCUCCCUGAUCUGCGGUGUUGCCCCUAAUUCGACAACUCUGAUCAUUGGACGCGCCAUCGCUGGUGUUGGAGCCGCCGGCAUCUUCAGCGGUGCUGUCCUCAUCAUUGCAUCCACUGUACCCCUCCACCAACGCCCGGCUUACAUGGGCCUGAUCGGUGGUAUGUACGGUAUUGCGUCAGUUGCUGGACCCUUGAUGGGUGGAGCCUUUACAGAUCAUCUGACUUGGCGAUGGUGCUUCUACAUCAACUUGCCGCUUGGCGCUGUAACUGCCGCAUUCAUCAUCCCGUUCUUCACUAUUCAGCGCCGCGGCAAGAAGAACGAGGCUACUUUGAUGGAGCAGGUCAAGAAGUUCGACCUUGAGGGUACUGCUUUGUUCCUGCCUGCUAUCAUCUGCCUGUUGCUUGCUCUCCAGUGGGGUGGCAGCAAGUAUGCGUGGGGCAGCGGCCGCAUUAUCGCUCUUCUUGUCCUGUUCGUCGUGCUUAUUCUUGGCUUCAUCGCUGUGCAGUGGUGGAAGCAGGAGGAUGCCACCGUUCCUCCUCGCGUUUUCCUCAACCGCAACGUUUGGGGAUCGGCCCUGUUCGGAGCCAUGCUCGGUGCAUCGUUCUUCGUCAUGGUCUACUAUCUUCCCAUCUGGUUCCAAGCUGUAAAGGGUGUCUCUGCGACCAAGUCUGGUAUCAUGAACUUGCCUGCCAUUCUCGGUCUUGUCAUCAUCUCCAUGCUGGCUGGUGGUCUCGUCACCUACUUUGGCUACUACACCCCAUUCAUGCUUCUCUCGUCAGUCUUGAUGGCUAUCGGUGCCGGACUUUUGUCGACGUUCGAGACUGACACCAGCUCGCCCAAAUGGAUCGGGUACCAGUUUAUUUUUGGUGCCGGUGUCGGUUUCGGUAUGCAACAGAUUCUCAUCGCAGUCCAGACAGUCCUCCCCGCCGACGACGUGCCAAUCGGCACCGCCACUAUGAUGUUCAGCCAGACGCUUGGUGGCGCGCUCUUCAUCUCGGUCGGCCAGAACGUCUUCACCAACCAGCUCAUCAAGAACCUUCACAGCGUGGUCCCCGAGCUCGACUCUGGUUUUGUCCUGACGGUGGGUGCGACGGAGCUGAAGAACCAAAUCGAGGAGCGCUUCCUCCCCGGUGUUCUUGCGGCCUAUAACCUCGCACUGACGCAGACUUUCUACGUUUCGGUUGCUGCAGGGGCCAUGUCGAUCGUCGGCGCUGCUUUUGUGGAGUGGAAGAGCAUGAAGGGCAAGAAGAUCGAGAUGGCGAUGGCGUAAGCCUGCUACGAGUCAGCACUUGUUGAUUGAACCAGAUUUUAUCGACACUAGUCACACGACGUGUCACAAGACAACCCUGUAUGAUGAUACCCUUUUGCGAGCGACGAAAAGCAUUGAUGAGCGGGCGCUUGCACGUUCGCCUACACGUUUGGCCAGCUUUUCUGUAUAUACUUUAAUAGACGAACGGAGGAGGCAGCCGGUAGCUUGGUCUGGGAGUGGAGGAAUAACAGACUAGAUAGAACAUGUUCUCUUCAGAGUAAUGCGAGCUCCCCAACUUUUCUCACGAGCAGAUGCAAACACGUCUGAAAGCAAUUACGGGAUGACG